UCAAAAUUUACUCACAUAUGUGUCAGUCGGCCGAAUCAUCUUAAAAUUAAACCGAAAAUCAUGAGUGUAACACCAAAACUGGAUGAUUUGGUCCAGUCAGUUUCAUUAUACACUCAAAAAGGAACUUUGUUUCAUUUGUACGUUUUACCGUUUAUAUUUAUUUACACAAGCUGGAUCUACGUGUGGUGCGGAAUUUAUGGGUUUUUUGAACAUUACGAAGGGGGUUUUGUGGGUCUAGCUGCUGUUGGCUGUGUACAAAUAUUGUGUUGUUUAGCAUGUUACUGGUCUGUUCAUGUUAAUUGCUUUUUCACGUGUCGAAAGGCAAAGGACCCUUUCAAAGCCACAGUCGUCAAGGUUGUACCCACGGCCAACAAUGGAUCGUCGGAACUCGUUCGCUUGCAGCAAAGCAAAGAUGGCAGCAAAAACCCAUGGUUUAUUUUCCAAAAAACGAAGUACUUAUGGGACGCCGACAAGAAGACAUUCCGAGGUCUGGAAUUUCCAAUCCACAAGCAGUAUUCCGAAUACAUGUCCUGGAAGGGCUAUCAAGAAGAAGAAGACAUCCAACAAGCCGAACAACUUUACAACAAAAACCACCUUGACAUGGUCGUCCCCGAAUUCAUGGAACUGUUCAAAGAGAGAGCAACAGCCCCUUUCUUCGUGUUCCAAGUCUUCUGUGUGGGUUUGUGGUGCUUAGACAAAUACUGGUACUACUCAAUCUUCACUCUUGUCAUGUUGGUAAUGUUCGAAUGCACUCUAGUGCAACAACAAUUGCGAAACAUGGCCGAAAUAAGAAAAAUGGGCAACAAGCCUUAUAGUUUACUUGUGUACAGGAACAGAAAGUGGAGAUCUAUAACCACAGAUGAGUUAAUCCCAGGAGAUAUCAUCUCGAUAACGAGGUCGCAGAAGGAUAAUCUGGUACCAUGCGAUGUGCUUUUGUUGAGAGGGUCGUGUAUUAUUGAUGAGAGUAUGUUGACGGGGGAGUCGGUACCACAGAUGAAGGAGGCAAUUGAAAAUUGUGACAUGAAAAAGGAAUUAGACCCUGACACUGAUGGGAAAUUACAUGUGCUUUUUGGUGGUACUAAAGUGGUUCAACACACGCCACCUACGAAAGCAACGACGGGGUUAAGACCCCAAGACAACGGUUGCGUGGCUUAUGUCCUCCGGACGGGUUUCAACACCUCACAAGGCAAACUCCUGCGAACGAUUUUAUUCGGAGUUAAAAGAGUGACAGCAAACAAUAAAGAAACGUUUGGUUUUAUUAUGUUUUUGCUGAUUUUUGCUAUAGCCGCAGCCGUCUAUGUUUGGAACAAAGGGUGCGAAGAUCCUAACCGAAGUCGAUACAAACUCUUCCUCGAAUGCACCCUAAUUCUGACUUCCGUGAUUCCCCCAGAACUACCAAUCGAAUUGUCGUUAGCUGUCAAUACAUCACUGUUGGCACUGUCGAAAUUGGGCGUGUUUUGUACCGAACCGUUCCGAAUUCCGUUUGCCGGUAAAGUAGAUAUCUGCUGUUUCGACAAAACUGGUACCCUCACCAGUGAUAAUUUGGUAGUAGAGGGGAUAGCACUAGCUAAAGACGACUCAUCGGUUACACCGAUCGGUGAGGUUCCUGUUGAAUCGGUUCAUGUUUUAGCCACGUGUCAUUCACUAGUGCAAAUGGAUGAUGGUUUAGUGGGCGACCCGUUGGAAAAAGCAACUUUAACCGCAAUCGACUGGAAUUUAACCAAAGCCGACGCGGUUAUACCGAAAAGAGGGAAAUCUCCGGGACUGAAAAUAUUCCACAGACACCAUUUUUCCUCAUCUUUGAAACGGAUGUCUGUAAUUGCCGGUUAUAACCCGUUGGGUUCGACCGAAACCGUUUAUAUUACAACGGUUAAAGGAGCACCGGAGACUCUAAGAGACAUGUUUUCAGACAUUCCGGAGAAGUACGACGAGGUUUAUUUAGAACUAUCGAGACGAGGAGCUCGAGUUUUAGCUUUAGGAUGGAAAGAACUCGGCAACUUGAACACUCAAGAACUGAGGGAGAAAACAAGAGAAGACAUAGAAAAAGAGUUGAAAUUUGCCGGUUUUGUGAUAAUUUCAUGUCCUUUAAAAAGCGACUCGAAAGUCGUAAUCAAAGAAUUACAAAAUGCUUCCCAUUGCGUGGUUAUGAUCACCGGUGAUAACCCCCUAACUGCUUGUCACGUGGCAAAAGAACUGAAAAUUACCACGAAGACUACGUUGAAUUUGACGGAGAAGAAAGGAGAGUGGGUGUGGGAGUCCAUUGACCAGAGCGAGAACUUACCACUAGAAUACGACUACAAAACGUUGGUCGCUAAAUACGACUUGUGUAUCACCGGUGAUGCUUUGAAUUAUUUGAGAGAGAAUUUUAAAACUUUCCUUAAUUUGAUAAUUCCUUAUAUUAAAGUCUUCGCUCGAUUUGCUCCGAAGCAGAAAGAGUUUGUCGUUGUUCAGAUGAAAAAUUUGGGAUACACGGCUUUGAUGUGUGGAGAUGGAACUAAUGAUGUCGGUGCAUUGAAACAUGCAGAUGUUGGAGUGGCAAUUUUGGCCAAUGCGCCCGAAAGGAGUACUGAUAUUAAAGAGUUUAAGGAGAAGAUUGAAAAAGAGAAGAAGAAACUGAAAGAGGUACAAGUGGUUAAAAACAAAACGAAUCAUGUCAGGAGUGCCGAUCAAAGAGAGAAAUUGCAAGCUAAUUUGAACAGGAUAAUGAAGGAGUUGGAAGAGACGCAAGUUGUGAAGUUGGGAGAUGCUAGUAUUGCAUCACCAUUUACAAGCAAAUUAUCUUCGAUUAUGUGCAUUUGCCAUAUCAUAAAGCAAGGAAGAUGCACAUUGGUGACCACUCUUCAAAUGUUUAAAAUCCUUGCUUUAAACGCUCUUAUCUUAGCUUAUACUCAAUCGGUAUUGUACUUGGAUGGAAUUAAACUAAGGGACAUGCAAGCAACCUUGCAAGGCCUUCUUUUGGCGGCAUGUUUCUUAUUCAUAUCAAGAUCGAAGCCGCUAAAAACAUUAUCAAAGCAGCGACCUCUUCCAAAUAUCUUCAAUUUAUAUACGAUCGCAACUGUACUUCUCCAAUUCGCUGUACACUUCUUGUGUUUGAUAUUUUUGGUGCAACAAGCCAAGCUACGAGCGCCUGUGGAUGAGAAACAAGCGAAUUCGACUGAGCCUCCGAAAGUACUGACUGAAGAAGAGGAAGACGAAUUGUUUGAGCCAAAUAUUGUAAAUAGUACAGUGUACAUAAUAUCAAUGGCUUUACAAAUUGCGACGUUCGCCAUUAAUUACAGAGGAAACCCUUAUAUGGAGAGUUUACGACAAAAUAAAGCAUUAUUGUACAGUAUACUGGGAUCAGGAGGAACAGUUCUAGCUCUAACUCUGGGAAUCGUACCUGAAUUAUCAACACAAUUCGAAAUAAUCGAUUUUCCUCCAGAUUUUCGAAUUAUUCUGUUGCAAGUCUUGUUUGCUGAUUUCUUCUUUUCGUAUCUGGUUGACAGAAUAUGUCUUUGGUUGUGCGGUGAAGGUAAAAUGAAAGUGUCUUAAAAAGACUUUAAAAUAUAAAUGAAUGGUAAAACGAUUGUGUAUUAUAAUUGACUAGUAUUUAAUUGUUGUAUUUUUUAAUUUGUUAAAUCAUUUAUCAUUCCAUUCGAAAGUUUAAGAAAAUUUGUUGGAAAACCUUGAACCAAUUGCUUUAUUUUCUGUACUAAUCAAAAUGAAAUCGUGGAUUAGACUUUGAAGAGCACCAAUCAUAUUCAGAUAUUUUUCUAGCGACGUAAUAUGUUUUUCUAGUCCACAGCAUUUAAAGACGUUUUUAACUGAAUGUACGAGAAAAAAGAAUAAAAUUGUGCAAGUCA